UAUGGAGUAUGAAUAAUUUAAAUCGAGUAUAAGGUCUUGAUUUCCAUGCCGUAUCGACCAGACUAUUAUCAUGUAGACAUAACCAGGUACCGAAGCUUAAAAUUAUAUCUGUUAAAUUAAAUGCACAAAGAAAUGGGCAACAACCACAGUGGACAAAGGCUUAAGCGUACUCUGAAAAAGAAAGCAAGCUUGAGCAGUGAGAAUGAGUAUCUCAAGAUGCAGUUCAAAAUAACAGACGAACAAUUAAAAGAGUAUAGAUCACUUUUUAAAGAUCAUUCUGAUAACAACAAAGUAAUUACAAGAAGCGAAUUCAGGGAUGUAUACCAACUUAUAUAUAAAAGUGGCGAUGCUACUGAAUUUGCCGAUCGUGUUUUUGACGUGUUUGACAGUGAUAAGAGUGGAACUGUAGAUUUUAUCGAGUUUGCAGCAGGACUAACAAUGAUGGAUAGUGAGAAGCUUGAACAGAAAAUAUCCAUUGCCUUCAGUAUGUAUGACGAAGAUGGCAGCAAUACCCUAUCAAAACAGGAAGUCAUAAACAUGAUACAGGCUUAUUACAGACUUCUGGGACCUGAUGUUAGUAGAUCACCAGUAGAGAUAGCCAAUGACCUAUUUAGAAAAAUGGACCUUGAUAAAGAUGAUUCAGUUACAUAUGAGGAAUUUGCUAGCGUAGCAAAAAGAGAUCCAACUGUGCUCGAAAUUCUUAAUCCGAAAGCUUGAAAAAUCAAAAUAUGCAUUUGAUAUAACGCAGCAUUUACAUGGUGUACGGCCUCGAAAGUACACACAUUGUUAUAUAGCAUUAUUUGAAUAGUUGUUGUACCCCGUUUAAUGGCUUAAUACGAAAAUUGAGGUAAAGACCAGUGUUUUGUUUUGUCUCUGAGCAACAGAUGCAAUGAUAAUGGAUGACUAGAGUGCAGAGCUUAUGGAUGAGUUGUGGAUGUUUAGAGUUUGACAGCAGACGUUAUAUUGGAAACCAUCUCAAAUGUCAAAUGAACAUUCUAAAAAUGAAAAGUACAAAUUACCGAUUUGUCCCAUCAUGUUUUAAAGAUAGACAUCA